GGAGGCGGCGGCGGUGCCGGGCUGUGCGCCCCGCGCUCCCCCCGCGAUGGCCGCCCGGCUGCCGCUCCUGCUGCCCGGACUCCUGCUGCCUCUUUGCGGCGCCUUCAACCUGGACGUGGACAGUCCCGCCGAGUUCUCCGGCCCCGAGGGCAGUUACUUCGGCUUCGCGGUGGAUUUCUUCGCGCCCAGCGCGUCUUCCAGAAUGUUUCUUCUGGUGGGAGCGCCCAAAGCAAACACUACCCAGCCUGGAAUUGUGGAAGGAGGGCAGGUCCUCAGAUGCGACUGGUCAUAUAACCGACGGUGCCAGCCCAUUGAGUUUGACGCAACAGGCAAUAGGAAUUUUGCUAAGGAUGAUCCAUUGGAGUUUAAGUCUCACCAGUGGUUUGGAGCAUCUGUGAGAUCAAAGCAGGAUAAAAUUUUGGCCUGUGCCCCACUGUACCACUGGAGGACGGAAAUAAAGCAGGAGAGAGAGCCUGUUGGGACAUGCUUUCUGCAAGACGGAACAAAGACUGUUGAGUAUGCGCCAUGCAGAUCAAAAAAUAUUGAUGCUGAUGGACAAGGAUUUUGUCAAGGAGGAUUCAGCAUUGAUUUUACUAAAGCUGACAGAGUACUUCUUGGUGGUCCUGGUAGCUUUUAUUGGCAAGGUCAGCUCAUUUCGGAUCAAGUGGCAGAAAUAGUGUCUAAAUAUGACCCUAAAGUUUACAGUGUCAAGUACAAUAACCAGUUAGCAACUCGGACUGCACAAGCUAUUUUUGAUGACAGUUACUUGGGCUACUCAGUGGCUGUUGGAGAUUUCAAUGGAGACGGCAUAGAUGACUUUGUUUCAGGAGUUCCAAGGGCAGCAAGGACAUUGGGAAUGGUUUAUAUUUAUGAUGGGAAGAAUAUGUCCUCCUUACAUAAUUUUACUGGAGAGCAGAUGGCUGCAUAUUUUGGAUUCUCUGUCGCUGCCACUGACAUUAAUGGGGAUGAUUAUGCAGAUGUUUUCAUCGGAGCCCCUCUCUUCAUGGACCGUGGUUCUGAUGGCAAGCUCCAAGAGGUGGGACAAGUCUCACUGGCUGUGCAAACAGCUUCAGGAGAAUUCCAGACAACCAAGCUCAACGGCUUUGAAGUCUUUGCAAGGUUUGGCAGUGCAAUAGCGCCGCUGGGGGAUCUGGACCAGGAUGGCUUCAAUGAUGUGGCAAUUGCUGCUCCGUAUGGGGGUGAAGACAAAAAAGGAAUUGUUUAUAUUUUCAAUGGAAGACUCACAGGUUUGAAUGCAGUGCCAUCACAGAUCCUGGAAGGGAAGUGGGCUGCCCGCAGCAUGCCACCCAGCUUUGGCUACUCCAUGAAAGGAGCCACAGAUAUAGACAGAAAUGGAUAUCCAGACUUAAUUGUAGGAGCCUUUGGUGUAGAUAGAGCUGUACUCUACAGGGCCAGACCAGUUAUCACCGUGAAUGCUGGUCUUGAAGUUUACCCUAGCAUUUUAAAUCAGGACAGUAAAACUUGCCCACUGCCUGGGACAGAGCUCAAAGUUUCCUGUUUUCACGUCAAGUUUUGCUUAAAGGCAGAUGGCAAAGGAGUGCUACCCAGGAAACUUAACUUUCAGGUGGAGCUUCUUUUGGAUAAACUCAAGCAAAAAGGAGCAAUUCGACGAGCCCUGUUUCUCCAUAACAGGUCCCCAGGUCACUCCAAGAAUAUGACCAUUGCAAGGGGGGGACAGAUGCAGUGUGAGGAGCUGAUAGCCUAUCUGCGGGAUGAAUCUGAAUUUAGAGACAAACUGACUCCCAUUACAGUUUUUAUGGAGUAUGGGUUGGAUUAUAGAACAGCAGCAGAUGCAACCGGCUUACAACCUAUUUUGAACCAGUUCACUCCUGCCAACAUUAGUAAACAGGCACAUAUUCUCCUUGACUGUGGUGAAGACAAUGUUUGUAAACCCAAACUGGAAGUUUCUGUAGAUAGUGAUCAAAAGAAGAUCUAUAUUGGAGAUGACAACCCACUGACAUUGAUUGUUAAGGCUCAGAAUCAAGGAGAAGGUGCCUAUGAAGCCGAGCUUAUUGUUUCUAUUCCCCCACAGGCCGAUUUCAUUGGGGUUGUUCGCAACAGUGAGACCUUAGCAAGACUUUCCUGUGCAUUUAAGACGGAAAAUCAGACCCGGCAGGUGGUGUGUGACCUUGGAAAUCCAAUGAAAGCCGGGACUCAGCUCUUGGCUGGUCUUCGCUUCAGUGUACACCAGCUGUCAGAGAUGGAUACUUCUGUGAAAUUGAUUUACAAAUCCAAAGAGUAUUUUCUUUGGUCAUUAUUUAGAGUUUCAAGUCCUGAUCAUAUCUUUCUCCCAAUUCCAAAUUGGGAGCACAAGGAGAAUCCUGAGUCUGAAGAAGAUGUUGGGCCAGUUGUUCAGCACAUCUAUGAGCUGAGAAACAAUGGUCCAAGUUCAUUCAGCAAAGCGAUGCUGAAUCUUCAGUGGCCUUACAAAUAUAACAAUAACACUUUGUUGUACAUCCUCCAAUAUGAUAUUGAUGGGCCAAUGAACUGUACUUCAGAUAUGGAGAUCAACCCUUUGAGAAUUAAGAUCUCAAAUUCGCAAACAUCUGGAAAGAACGACACAGCUCCAGAGCAAGGUGACCGGAACCAUCUCAUCACUAAGCGCGAUCUCACCGUCAGUGAAGGGAAUAUUCACACUUUGGGUUGUGGAACUGCUGAAUGUCUGAAGAUUGUCUGCCAGGUUGGACGGUUAGACAAAGGGAAGAGCGCCAUCUUGUACAUAAAGUCUCUGCUUUGGACCGAGACCUUUAUGAAUAAGGAGAACCAGAAUCAUUCAUAUUCUCUAAAGUCUUCUGCUUCAUUUAAUGUCAUAGAAUUUCCUUAUAAGAACCUUCCCAUUGAGGAUAUUGUCAACUCCACAUUAGUUACCACUAAUGUCACCUGGGGCAUUCAGCCAGCGCCCAUGCCUGUGCCUGUGUGGGUGAUCAUUUUAGCUGUUCUAGCGGGACUGUUGUUACUGUCUAUCCUAGUUUUUGUAAUGUAUAGGAUGGGAUUUUUUAAACGUGUCCGACCACCUCAAGAAGAACAAGAGAGAGAGCAGCUUCAGCCUCAUGAAAAUGGUGAAGGAAACUCGGAAACUUAACUGUGACUUUUAAGUUAUUCUGUAUCCUGCCCCAUUAGAGAUAUCAUCUUCAUUCCAGGGUUUGAUCUCCUUUAUGAAAAAUGACUUUCUGAGACUCUUACUGCUGAUGGUGCCUAUUGGUAGUAACCACAAAAUAAGAGCAAUAUUUGUCCGUCUUUUCAUCAUAAAUAAGUUCAGACAUACAUUUAAUGCACGCGCAUUGAAUUGUGUUACCAGGUAUUUAAAUAAUUUUCCAGGAGAGGGUUCUUUAAUGUACAUUAUACAGGUAGUGCAAAAGUUACCACUUUAUAUAAAAUAGUACCUCCUGUGUUAUUGUUUCUGAUUUUGUAUGUUGUGUUUUGUUUUAUUAUUGUUUUAAAAUAUUCCAAAGUUGGAUCUUAGCAUCAUAUCUUUUGUACAGGCACUUAAUGUUCACACAUUACACUACAGUUGAGUUAUCAAGCGACUAAAGACUUCAUAACUGCAUGAACUAGGUUUUCAUAAUUAGCUGUAUUUUGGGACUCUUAAGUAAAAGCACGAGUCCAUCAAAAUUCCUUCAAAUAAAAGUAAUUUGCUUCAAUAUGAAAACUGGGUACAUGCUAUUACAUUUUUAUUUCUAUGCGAUGAAAUCAUCCAUUUGAUCCUAUUCUAAUUUGUAGAUUGAUACUUUUAAGUUCUGUUUCAAAUCCGUUAAACCAACUUGUCCUAAUUUUUUUUUGCAUAAUUGGAAAUUCCUCUUUUUUAAUACCUAAUUUUAGCUAAAUGUCAUGAUAUUUAAAAUGGAAUUGAAAAUCACUUUCAAAGUACAUCUAUUCCACUGUAUUAGUCUAGUUACAAUGUCAGAGAAAACUUUUCAAUUAAAAGAUUAUAGUUCUUUGGUAGAAUUGCUUAUAAUAGUAAGUUCUUAGACAAGGGCAAAUGUUUUUAGUCAGAAUUAAUUUAUUUUCCUUCUUUAAAUGUAUUUUCCUUAUGCUUCCAAAGCUGUUACAGAGAAAAUGUCAAGAUCAAUGAAUAAUUUUUGCAACUUGCAGUAAUCUGCAUCCAUCCUCCUCUCACCAUCUCCCUUCCCCCAUCUCCAUGAGAAAUGCUUGAAAUUGAGGUUUGUUUGUUUGUUUUUUAAGUAGCACACUGGUUUACUUCUGGCAAUAGCUUGAUGCCACUCACAUGAAUAUUACCUCACAUCGAGCAAGGUAAUGUUUCAAACCAGUCUCAGCUAUCAAUAUGAUAUCUCAAAGGUACUUUUAUAAGCAGUCCGAGUUUUAAAACUUUUUUAGGCUUACUAACAUAGAUUAGUUUUCUAGGGUAUUUUUAAAUAAAACCUGCAAAGUCUUUUCCUAUGCCCGUAGCACAGUGCUUCUUCUGAUCGACCAACUUUCUCAAGGUCAGGGAAUAGCCAUCACACCCAUUUUGGGGAGGUGCACCAUGCUGUGUUACCAGAAAUUGAGAGUUUAAUGACUUUUUAACUGCUGAGUCUUUAUUCAAUGGUUAUAUUUCCCUUGAAUAAUUAAAUAUUUUUGUAUGUUUUAAAAAUAACUGAGCUGCACCUUGUAAUGUCUUGUGUUAUAAUUCUCUCCGCGGCUGCUCAGCUGAGGUAUAAAGAUAACUGCACAAGAAGCGGAGUUACACACGUCAGAACAAGGCCUUAUAUAUACUCAGCUUUUAAUUAAUUUCAAAGUUAGUGGCUUUAAGAAUCUAGACAAUAGUAGUUUAAAAGAUCUUACUCGAAUACAAUAAGUAUUUUUACCGAUACAUUUAACAUUUUGAAGAAAACAGGCUUGUGCCCUAGGAAGUUUCUAAACUGGCUUUUGAAAACUUUCACUUUAAUUUGUUUCCCCACCCAAUAACCAUAAUCCCUGACCAUAUAUACUGGAUAGAUAGUCACUCUAUCUAUCUAAAAAAAUUAGUGUUUGCUUUUUGCACCAUCCUUUUUUUUUUUUUUUUUUUUUCUUAAUGCCCAUUGCUUUAAGGUCUAAAAUUCCCCUAUAUGGGGUUAAAGGAUAAUGUUACUAAAAUUAACAUGUUUUAAACUGUCUUUAUGCCAUGUAGCUUUAAGCAAUUUUCUUUAAAAAUUAAAAUUAUAUCUACAAAAAUGGUAGGAAUAAAAUUUAACAAACUAAAUGAUCUGUGAAAGUAUAGUCUUGGUCAGAGUAUUAUUUAAAAGUCUGCUCUAGAGAAAAUGUUUAGGCAGAAGUUGGGAUUCCUUUUACUCUAAAGUAGGAUGGGAGUUUAUUUAAUUAAAUGUCACAAAACAGUCCUAUGAAAACUCUCCUUAUUUUUUGAAUAUUUUAUGUAGUGCGGUUUGUGAUUUAUUGAGAAUUAUCAGAUUUUUAAGUGAUUCAGGCUGGGAACACAUUUAAUGAAGACAGAAGAACUAGAUAUUAGCAAGAAAUGUCGACUGUAGUUGCUACCUCGUGUAGACAUUUAUUUUAGAACGGAUUCAUUAAGAAACACGUGAGGGAGGGGCAUCCCUUCUCUUCCCAUUAUGGUUCUCUUAUGAUUAGUUAUUACCACAGUUCUGACUACAUCCUUUAAUUCUGAAUUGCAGAGUAGUCAGUCACAAGGUUAGUACCCUCAUUUCUUUAGUGUUCUGAAGCUACUGAUAGCAAAUUCUCAUUAGUAUUUUACGUAAGAAAAAAAAGCAGGUAGUAAAAGAUUAUACUGGCUUCUGGAAGAGAACUUGAAAGAGUUUUGACAGUGAGUCCUGGCUCUUAAGAGAAAGAUUUGUAUGGCAGAAGUAUAGUGUGUAAUAAUAGGUCAGUUAGUUGGUUGUUUUUUUUUUUAAUAAGGAGAGCAUUUGUAAGUUGGCAGAUCAUGUCCCGUGUUACAGAAUAUAGUGAUAGCCUUGGGCAGUGCUAAGUCAUUCUUGAAGUAUCUAUGGUCUUCUUUCUACCCAUGCACAGCUUGUGUAUGUGGUAACUUGAGAAUUUUUUAAACAAUAAAAAAUUUGAAAAUUGAAUAUAGACUCAAAGCAGUGAACGAAUGACUUAAUACUCCGCGUUUUAGAGAGCAUCUCUUAGAAUCUGUUAGUAGACAAGCUUAACUAUUGAGUUUAUGGAUUUGUAGCAUGCAUUUCUGUUUGUUACUUACUAUAAUUUCUGACACAUUUCUUGGAAGAGGUACUGAAUCUUAUUUUUGUUGUCAUUGUUCUUGAGUGCAAUAUAACAAUUAACCAAAUCUAGAUAAUUUCAGAAUUACUAUUAGCUUAAUAAACGUAAUCUGAACUUUGACUUACUGGUAUCUUUGUUAGUAGUAAGGGGUGUGCGGCUCUUAAUAGAUAUUUACUCCCAAGCAGGACAUUAGACCUUGUAUUUCAGACUUGACAUCAACUAUUUCCUCCCGAUUUACAAACACUUUGAAUUAUCUUAAGAUAACUUGGGAGUUGUGUAUGUCAAAUUAAUUUGUUAUCUAACUAACAUAGAAAGUAACUUUCUUUGUUUAGCUUCUCUUGUGAUCACCCACAUUGGGUGAGACAUAAAAGAGUAGGUUCUAAAAUUUGUCACUAACUUGAUUUGAGUUAGUGAAAAGUGGUAUAGUGUUCUGCUUAGUUUCCAGUGUGUAACUUGUGACUGUACAAUAAACUGGAGCGUAUGUUGCCACCUUUGUGUCUGG